AUGGGACUCAACGCCGUCCGUGUAUCUGCCGCGAACGGCCUGUACUCCUUUUGCAGUGUGGCAGCUUUAGCGGGCAAAGUGCAGUUUAUGACCUCACAGGAGGCAGAGUAUCCCUCGCUCUUGUGCAAGCACACUGUGGACUGCAUUUUACAAGAGCUGAGAAGACGUGGCAGAAAUUUUGAGGCGUGCCCAACUUUGCAGGACAGUGCCAUUGCGUUAGCAAAUUUCAAACAACCCAGAGGUUUGCAGGCGCCUACGCUCCUUUCAGAGUUUCAAUACACCGUGCAGGUCCUGGUCUCUGCCGGCGAAAAGCCGCCGGCUGUCGCGACCAGCCCCUCGGGCCCGUGGUCGCGGGUCCCGCCUGGAGCAGUGUUCAUUGGUGCAGGUCCUGCGGAAAAGGGGGGAGAUGGGUGCACAAUGAAGGGGGCGAAGAGGCCUCGUGAUGCUGAGCCUGGUGGCCCCCUACAAGCCGUGACUUUUGGGGUACACCGAUCGCCUGAGAAGUUUUUGCAGGAUGCUUUACAGCUGACCCACCCCUUCGACAACCCUUUGAUUGUCUCUGAGCAGAACAGAUGCACCAUCAAUUGGAUCUCCAGUGUGUCCCCUGCCGAUGCUGCAGAGUGGAGGCUGGGACAGCUACGAAAGUACCUGCGCCUGGCCGUGGAGUUGUCAUCAGACGAGGCCCGUUUGCACGAGGGACUGCACCCCGAUUUGGAACCGGUUUUACAAGGUAAAAGGCUGCUGCUUUUCAAAGCUAUGAUGGAGGACGCUGGCGUGGCGGACCCAUUUUUGUUUCAACACAUGGUGGAUGGGUUUCCGUUGGUGGGCCACUUGGAGCCCUCCGGCCAAUUUCCGAAACGAUGGAAGCCGGCUAGGUUGACAUUGGAAUCGCUGAAGAAAACAUCCCACUGGGCAAGAAAGGCUGCUUUGUCUUCGUGUGCCAAGGGAGCCGCGGACCAGCAGAUUGCAGAUGCUGUGUGGAGUGAGACUCAAGAUCAGUUGCAGCGAGGGUGGUUGAAGGGACCCUUCACCGAGGCUGACUUAGAUGUCAGAAACAGCGGGGUUUGGAUUCCAUCCCGCCGGUUCGGGGUGAAGCAGGGCGUGGACAAGAUUCGUUGUGUGGACGACUUCAGUGAGUUCCUUCUGAAUGAAGCCACAGCCACCAGCGAGAAGCUUGUGUUGGAAGGGCUAGAUGACAUUGUCGCCUUGGCCAGGUUUUGGCUGUCAGUGUCGGAGUCCAAGGGCCAGCCUUUCCCGGAGUGUCAGAAGGGCGGGCUCACGGAUGCUGAUCUGGCAUCCCUUAAGGGGAAACUUCUGUAUGCUGCGGGCAGGCCGCCCGAAUCAAACAGGAUCAACAGAGGGGUGCUGGAAGUGGUGGACGUCCUAGCGGCGGCGCGGCCCCGGCUCAUUGGUCAAGCAGAGAUCUACCCGGUGGUUCUAGCAAAAGCCACAUGGGCGGGUUACCUCGCCAAGCGCAAGGUUAUCUGGUUCAUUGACAACGAAUCAGCACGGGCUGCAUUUAUCCGAUCCUUCUCUCCAGUGUUGCAGAGUGUGAAGCUCCUGUGGGCAAAUGCCAGGUUAGAUGUACGACUCGAGCUGUGGAACUGGUAUGCCAGAGUUCCAUCUAAGAGCAACUUUUCGGAUGCUGCUUCUCGCCUGGAGUUCGGCUGCUACCAAGGGUGGAAGCAAGUGGAGCCGUGCUACGAGGGUGUGUUCGCGUAA